GGACGACUGAUGGAUCCACCGGCCAGGAAUGCCAUGUGGCGUUUCGGUUACCCCAAUCCCGUCAACUACAAUGACAAUGAGCUCUUUUGCGGUGGCUAUGCGGUUCAAUGGGAGAAGAACAGUGGACGUUGUGGUGUCUGCGGAGAUGCCUACCAUGUCAAGUCACCGCGUCCCCAUGAGGCGGGUGGAGAGUAUGCCAAGGGUAUUAUCUCUAGAUAUUAUACUGCCGGACAGGAGAUCGAAGUGGAGGUGGAACUUACCGCCAAUCAUUAUGGUCGCUUUGAGAUGUUCUUGUGUCCGAAUAAUAAUCCCAGGCAUGAGGCCACUCAGGAGUGCUUCGACCGAUAUCCUCUGCCCAUAUCUGGCAGUCGGGAGCAUCGAUAUCUUAUUCCACGUGAUGCCAAGAAGAAGGAUAUCUUCAGGUAUAGAGUCCGGCUGCCGCCCUAUGUCACCUGCACACAGUGUGUCCUUCAGUGGACAUAUUACACGGCCAAUAUGUGGGGUACCUGUGCCAAUGGCACCGAGGCCGUCGGUUGCGGCAAGGCAGAAACCUUCCGAAAUUGUGCGGAUGUGGCUAUUAUCUCAAACACCGGCGGUGGUGUUCCACCGAUUUUCGUGAACAACAAGUCGCCAUAUCUUCUUUACUAUCGGGAUUAUCGGGCGCCGGAAGACAACAAUAUCUUUCCCCUUAUUGUGCGGGACCAGAAAUGCAUUGGUGCUCCAGCCUUCCGUUCAUUGCCCGGCAUCGACAACUGGUGUGAGAUCAACUGUCUCCGCUAUCCGCCCAACUGUCCGGAGGAGGCCUGCCACUGCCCACAAGAAUGCGUGGCCAUUGGCGAACUGGAGGGACAGGAGGGUGCCGAUACUUACUGCAUGGAUCAAUGCCUCAACUACGAAUCGGAGUGCCCAAGCGACAAGUGUCGCUGUUACUAG